AGGCGCUCUCGCAAGAUGGCGGCGGUGCGGUGCCUGGCGCUGCGGCCCUACGGGCGCCUCCUGCUGCCGCCGCGGGCGGCCCUGCCGCCGCCGCCGCCGCCCGCCCCGGCCCGCAUGUCAUCCUUUUCCGGCUUCUCCCGCGGCAGGAAGGUGGCCCUGGGGGCCCUGGGGGCGGUGGCGGCGGGCGGCGCGGGGCUCGCCCUCGCGCUGCACGCGGCCGUGAGCGCCGGCGAGCUGGAAAUGCACCCGCCCAGCUUCCCCUGGAGCCACGGCGGCAUGCUCUCCUCCCUGGACCACCGCAGCCUGCGGCGAGGCUACCAGGUGUACAAGCAGGUGUGCUCCGCCUGCCACAGCAUGGAGUACCUGGCCUUCCGCAACCUCAUCGGCGUCACCCACACCGAGGCCGAGGCCAAGGCGCUGGCCGAGGAGGUGGAGGUGGUGGACGGCCCGGAUGAGAACGGGGAGAUGUUCACGCGCCCCGGGAAGAUCUCCGACUACUUCCCCAAGCCCUACCCCAACUCCGAGGCGGCGCGAGCCGCCAACAACGGGGCGCUGCCCCCCGACCUCAGCUACAUCGUCAACGCGCGGCACGGGGGUGAGGACUACGUGUUCUCCCUCCUCACCGGCUACUGCGACCCCCCCGCUGGCGUCUCGGUGAGGGAGGGGCUGUACUACAACCCCUACUUCCCCGGACAGGCCAUCGGCAUGGCCCCCCCCAUCUACAACGAGAUCCUGGAAUACGACGACGGCACCCCCGCCACCAUGUCGCAGAUCGCCAAGGACAUCUGCACCUUCCUGAGGUGGGCGGCCGAGCCCGAGCACGACCACCGCAAACGCAUGGGCUUGAAGAUGCUGAUGAUCACGGGUCUCCUGGCAUCUCUCCUCUACUACAUGAAGCGCCACAAAUGGUCUGUACUAAAGAGCAGGAAAAUGGUGUACCGGCCCCCCAAGUAGACGUGGGAGCGGGGUGUCCCCUGCCCUGGUUGCGCGGCCUCGGCCGCGUGCCUGUGUCGCACAACCUCCGGGGCGCAGGGACCCACGCGCAGCUGGACGGACAGACGGGCACGGCGCGCGCCGCGCGGACGCACCGGCUCCGCUAUUUAACAACGCCCCCUCCACCCACAAACGCCGCUGGGCUGCGUUCCGCGUGGCGGGCUGCCGUCUGUGCUCGUGCAGGUUGGGGACGUGGAAAUAAACGCUCGGUUGUUCACGG